UCAACGGGUUAAAUUACUUCGUGAAGUACCGAUCAAUGCGCCGCCCAACUCACCUGAAACUAAUUGGAACUUGACUCAAGACUUUUCAAAAUGGCUUGUUUGGCCUGCGGGCGCAGUCGAAGUCGGCAUGUCAGCAUUUCAAAGCUCUUCGGAGUCAAGAGGCUUCUCCAUCCCCUCAUGGCCUGGCUUCCCAGAGCAGACGCUGGGCUUCAGCCCUGGAGGACACCUCACACACACACACACACACCACCUCAGCAUGGAGCCCUGGCUACUGCCUGGAUGCAGCUCUGUCUACGACCGCCUGGUCAGUGAUAUGGGAGCAAGUCCCCGGUCCAUGCAGAGAGGUGGAGACAACAACGUGGCUGCUGCACCCUCCUCUCAGAAGCCUCGCAGGUCGUCCAUCCUUGAGCGCUGUAUCCUGCGCAUCUCCUCAGCAGGCGUCCAGACAGAUGAGACUGAUGUGCUCCCCAGGUCUCCGAAGCCCUUCUGGUGUUCCCGUAACUUGGAUCCGUCGCGCUUCGAGACGAACGAGUCGGUUCUGAAGCGUCGGCAGAAGCAGAUCCAGUACGGGAAGAACACCCAGGGGUACCAGAACUACCUGCAGCAGGUGCCAAGGCAUCUGCGGAUCCCUGGGCUGCACCCGUCCACCCCUAACAAGUACCACAAGUACAGCCGGCGCUCGUGGGACGCGCAGGUGCGUCUGUGGAGGAAGGCGCUCCACGCCUGGGACCCCAGUGCCUCCUCUGCCCACAGUGAUGUGGACACUCUUCCAGACGAGGACUCACUGCGGGGUCUGCUGGAUCAGGUGGACGAGGAGCGCAGUGUGGAGGUGGGCAGUUUGCUGGACGCUCCGUCAGGAUCCACACUGACCCCACAGCCAGCUGCCACGGCCCCACAGGGACAGAGCAUGUUCUCCUCUUUUCCCCAGGAAGAGCUUUCAGUCUCCCGGGAGCGGUGCUUCCAGCCAGGGCUGGGCUACAGUUUCAGGAGCGAGCUCACCGCCGAGGACAACCUCCUGGGCUGGCUGCGCUUUCUGCUGGAGGCUGGAGACCACUCAUACCACCCCUGAACACACACACACACACACACACACACACACACACACACACACGCACACACACACACCACCCCUGAGUCCCCACUCUGCUGGGAAUGACCCCACACACCGAUCACCUCUCCUACAUCCCCCCUCUCCACACACACACUCAUACACACACCUCUACACACACGCGCACACACACCAUCACUCACACUCGUCCUCCUGAGGUCAACGUGUGUUUCUGUUCCUUGUUGGCAGGUCAACGUGUGUUUCUGUUCCUUGUUGGCAGGUUAACGUGUGUUUCUUUGAAGCUACUAGUCACUUUCCUGAAAACAUGAUUUUGAUGUUUAGUACCAUGUCCUGUCACACUUGUGUUUUUUCGUUGUUGUUUGUUUGGUUUGUUUGUUUGUUUGUUUGUUUGUUUCUAUGCACUUUGUGAACACUUAAGUGAAGGCAAAUAAAGAUGUGUUCCAAAUGUC